AUGUCGGUGGCGGGGCUGAAGAAGCAGUUCUACAAGGCGAGCCAGCUGGUCAGCGAGAAGGUCGGAGGGGCUGAAGGGACCAAGCUUGACGAUGACUUCAAAGAGAUGGAGAAGAAGGUGGAUGUUACCAGCAAGGCUGUGGCGGAAGUGCUGGCCAGAACCAUCGAAUACCUGCAGCCCAACCCAGCCUCAAGGGCCAAGCUGAGUAUGCUCAACACGGUAUCCAAGAUCCGUGGGCAGGUGAAGAAUCCUGGCUACCCGCAGUCGGAAGGCCUGCUGGGCGAGUGCAUGAUUCGUCACGGGAAGGAGCUGGGUGGCGAGUCCAACUUCGGCGACGCCCUGCUGGAUGCAGGGGAGUCCAUGAAGUGCCUGGCAGAGGUGAAGGACUCGUUGGACAUAGAGGUCAAGCAGAACUUCAUCGACCCCCUCCAGAACCUGUGCGACAAAGACUUGAAGGAGAUCCAGCACCACUUGAAGAAGCUUGAGGGCCGCCGCCUGGACUUUGACUAUAAGAAGAAGCGGCAGGGCAAGAUCCCCGAUGAGGAGCUGCGCCAGGCCCUGGAGAAGUUCGAGGAGUCCAAGGAGGUGGCGGAGACCAGCAUGCACAACCUCCUGGAGACUGAUAUUGAGCAGGUGAGCCAGCUCUCUGCCCUGGUGGAUGCCCAGUUGGAAUACCACCGGCAGGCCGUGCAGAUCCUGGACGAGCUGGCCAGCAAGCUUAAGCGAAGGAUGCGGGAAGCCUCUUCGCGCCCCAAACGUGAAUAUAAGCCCAAGCCCCGGGAGAGCUUUGAGACUGCAGAGUCUGAGCAGUCCAACGGGGGCUUCCCGGCCCCCAAGAUCACAGCGUCGUCAUCUUUCCGAUCUUCCGACAAGCCCAUCCGGACCCCAAGCAGGACCAUGCCGCCCCUGGACCAGCCAAGCUGCAAGGCACUCUAUGACUUUGAGCCCGAGAACGAUGGGGAGCUGGGCUUCCACGAGGGCGACAUCAUCACGCUGACCAACCAGAUCGACGAGAACUGGUACGAGGGCAUGCUCCAUGGCCAGUCGGGCUUCUUCCCCCUCAGCUACGUGGAGGUGCUGGUGCCCCUGCCUCAGUGA